UAAAAUUUGCAACAAUGUAAAAGUAAAAUUAUAGAAUGGUUUCAGAGACAAGUUUUUACACACCAGCGGGAUUAGGUAGGUAUUACUUAGUUCAAUGAAUUUAAUGAUUCUUUAUUGUUUCUUUUCUUGCGUAAAUGUUUGGUUUUUUUUUGUAUUUAUUACGUGUUCCAUUUUAAGUAUUAUUGUUUUUACUUGAUAGUACGGAAUACAUAAAAUAGGAUGUUAUAACUCGAUGGUUUUAACCACUAAUAUAAAUACUAUUUAGUCCGUCGCAAUGGACAUUUCUUAAGCUUCAAGAUUGAAUAUGUUGUAAAAAACUUAAUCAAAAACAAAAUCGGCUUAGUAAAAUAAGUAUAGCAGAAAAGUUUAUUAUUAGUUAGUAGGAGCUACAAGAAUUUAAGUAAAUGUCUGCCCCAUGCCCCACCACGGACGUUUAGCCUUAAGGGUUUCAACAUUUGAUGUUAAUUUUGUUUCCCUAACUUUACUAUCCAAAUAACAUUUAUGUUUUCUUUGUAUCGGUAAUUCCGUAAACAUUGAGUUAAAAAAACAUGUUAAUACAAAAACAGCUAUUUUUCAUCUGUACGGUGUUUUUGUUUUAGCAAGCUCAAAAAGCAAGCAUGUGGCGCCCACUUUGCCUUUUGGCGCUAGUAAUGACCGUUCUCUCUGCUACGGGCCAUAAUCGAGAGGAUCGUCAGCCGCGUUCCGCCGAGACAUUCUGGAUCAGCGGUCGCUAUGGACGCUCUCUUCCUGGACCUACUGAAGCUGUGACGAAUAACAGGGUGGUGCGUCACGCAGAAGAGAAUGACCAACAGAAAAGUAAUAGGUUCUUCUUGACGAAUCGUUACGGGAACCGAGCUGGCCCCUUGAGUGACAGAUUGGCCAACCGAAUAAACGAUCGCUUCGGGAACAGGUGGAAAAAACAAAUUGUAUGCGACUGCGUGCCCAGAGAGCAUUUUAAAAGGAGCGUGUUCAGAGUAUCAGCCUAGACGACAGGACAUUAUAUGAUCAAAUAAAUAAUAAUACUGAAACCUCCAAAUAUUACCUUUUUUAUACAAAACAAAACUGUAUCAGUUUGUACAAAAACUGGGCUGGAGUUUGAAUACAAACCGAUAAUUUUUUCAAAAAAGAAAUACUGACACUAAGAAACUCAAGCAAAUUAAAUGUAAUGUUGAAGAUUCAGUAAAAGAAAGCCAGAUAUACA